AUGGCCAAGUCCAAGAACCACACCACACACAGCCAGUCCCGAAAAUGGCACAGAAAUGGCAUCAAGAAAUCUCAAUCACAAAGACACGAGUCUCUGAAAGGGGUGGACUCCAAGUUCCUGAUGAACAUGCAUUUUGCCAAGAAGUACAACAAGAAGGGCCUGAAGAAGAUGCAGGCCAACAGCGCCAAGGCUAUGGCUGCACGUGCUGAAGCUAUCAAGGCCCUGGUCAAGCCUAAGGAAGUAAAGCCCACAGUCCCAAAGGGUGUCAGCCAGAAGCUCGAUCGACUUGCCUGCAUUGUCCACUCCACGCUUGGAAAGUGUGCCCAUGCUGAGGGGUCUCAGGCUAGCAAGGGCAAGGGCAAGGCUCAGGCCCAAACCAAGCCCAAGGCUCAGGCCCAGGCCACAUCUACAGCUCCAGUUCCAGCUCAGGCUCCUCCCAAAGGUGCCCAGCCCCCUGCAAAGGCUCCCUAG